GGAAGUGGGAAACAAACGGAUUAGUGUAAUGCAACGCGCAUCAUCCCGGGCGCACCAGCCCUCACACCACCGUCCAAAAUAAACCUCAUGCAGUCUGAACAACGCUGCCUGCGACCCAGCCCGGAUCGACUGGUCUUCGGCGAGGACUCGGGCUCGUUGUCCCGGACCGUCUUCCGCGCGUUUAACGUCGCGCGGGUCACCCGCCAUCCGUGGAAGCGGGACAUGGGAACAGAUGGCGCAUCCGAGCGGGCCUGCGGGGCUACUGACGCGGACUAUUAGGGCCGAGAUGCAGACGAGUACCGGCCAAUGAAACAAAACAAAAAACAACAACAACGGGGGGAUAAAGAAAAGAGGAGUUGUCGUUAGCUUUUGCACGGACGACCCCCCGCCGCGCGUUUGACCGAGAGCAAUAAACAGAUUGAACACAUGGAUGAGUGACGUCUAACAUAAUCCCCUCUCCUCCCCCCCACCGCCCACCCGCUAACGGACGUGUCCCUGUCUCGCUGAACAAUGGUUGACAACCGCUACGCCACGGCUCUGGUCAUCGCCGGCGUGCUGAGCGCGCUGGCCACCGUGUACCUGUCGGUGGCCGUCGGCACGCAGCACUGGUACCAGUACAGCAGCCCCGCCGUGCGCGGCGAGGCCAACGUGUCCGAGCUGCGCUCCCUGUACGAGGAGUUCAUGGACGGGGAGUUCGACGAGAAGGCCUACAGCGACACUUUGUUCCGCCUCAACGGCACCGUGGGCCUGUGGUGGCGGUGCGUGCUCGCCCCCGCCGACGCCGCCGCCGACGCCGCGCACUGGCACAGAGAGCGAGAUGCCAAGAUGAUGCUGGAGUGCCGCAGCUUCACUGUCUCUCAGCAGCUCACUCCCAAGUACAAAGAACCGGGCAACCACAACAGUGGAGAGGACUUGCUGCGCACCUAUAUGUGGAGGAGCCAAUUUCUGCUGCCACUGGUGUCCUUGGGCCUGGUCGUGUUGGCAGGCCUCAUCGGGUUCUGUGCCUGCCUCUGCCAAAGCCUCGCCCCUACACUCGGUGUCGGGAUACUGCACCUCCUGGCCGGCCUCUGCACCUUAGCCACAGUGUGCUGCUACCUGGCCGGGAUGGACCUGCUCCACAGGGUGUCGAUGCUGCCCGAUAAGGUGGACGGCUCUCUGGGCUGGUCCCUCUACUUGGCCCUCAUUUCCUCGCCGCUGCACAUGAUGGCCGCUGCGCUGCUUGUGUGGGCGGCACGCAGCCACAGUCAGACCUACUACCGCAUGAGCGCCUACCGGGUGGCGUAGUCUCGAGAUUCAGCUCUGGGUCGCUGCCCCGUUGGAAUAUAUGUAUGCCUGACCCGUCAUUAAGACACGUUUUAUAAUGGUCUCAGACGGACGGGUUAAUCUGUUCGUUUUCCCUCUCUCGCCACCAAACCGGAAAGAAUUUUCUGUUUGCCAGUUUUAUAUUACAUAUUACAUUAUGAAGCCACAGGGCAACAUGCUCACAACUCAAAAACAUGUCAUCAUUUUUUUUUUUAAGACAAUGUUUUAAUAUUUAAAUAUUUUAGCAACUCCUCAAUCAGUACAACAAAGGGUUGCAUCAACGUCACCCUGCUUACAAAAUGUUCAGCCGGUCCAUGUACUCAAGGGUUUGAGUAUUGAAGUCACAGACAGCGAAAGUCACAGACGGGUGUGGUGAAAUUCCUCCUUUAUUAUACCUGUAAAAGCACUUGGCUGCACGGGUUUACUGGACACACCCGUUAUGUGUUUUGUUGUUCCAGCAAGACGGAAUGCCUGUAAUUAUUGUCAAUAAUUAGUUUCUUGUGACUGGUUUGCAAAUGUUAGCGGAGACGACUAUGGCGUAUAUAGUGUUAUGUUACAAAAGGAGUAGACUCCCUUGUGGGUAUUUAUAUAUUAAGGGCCUUUGUUACGGUCAGAUUAUGUUUCUGUUUAUGAUUUGUUAAGUAAAUUAUAUUUCUGUUUUCAAGCAGAGUUUUUUACAUUUUGACAUGUUUGGUCGGCUGUAGCAGGAAAGAUCAAAAGAUCGUUGUUUUUUUCACCAUUUACUUUUAUCACUUUUACGAUGUGUUUCCUUUUGUGAAUUCAGUUGUUGGUUGUUGUGUAUUUGAUUUAUACAAUUGUUUGUUUCAUUUUAAAGACACGUUUACCACCAUUCCAAUUCAACAGGAUUAAAGGUAAAUAUGUUUCCCUGUUAGACAUUAUGAAUGUAGACUAAAGGCCAUAUUGUGAUAAACGACACGAUUACUCUGCACUUAAAUUAUUUUUUAACAUAUCCUCAAUAUUGUGGUCAGUUGUGAAUUUCUACUCUUGGAAAACACAAGUGUCUCAAAAAGAAACAAUUUUAGCAAAACAAACAUUACCCUAAAAACUAUGAUCUAUGUUUUCAUAUAUAUAUAUAUGUCUGUGUAAUGAAAUGUGUGUGUCAGAUUUUCUAUAUUCAGCCCUUUAAUUGAAAACAUCGUUCCAUUCCUGAAUCCAGUGUGACGUAAAUAUAAGUAUGUCCAUGUACGACUGUGCUAUUGUGAAUGUGUUGUUCACUCCCGUUCUGAGCUCAAACGGUUAAUAAAAAGUACAACUAAAUAUCAAA